AUGUCUUUCAAUUCCAGCCCCUUCAUUCGUAGUGCUUUUCCCUACUUCUCUCCCUACUCCAGCAGCCCCAGCAGCUCCUCGACUAGCGAGUCGCUUAGUCUCCUCGAUGAGCCCGAGAGAUCUAUCGAGCAUCCCAAUCAGUUCCUCAGAUCGAAGCUUUCCGACGAAGCGUCUGCAAUGGCCCAUCAAAAUCAUCAUCAUGAUCCUACUUUAUACGAAGCUUCGCCUCCACGUCGCUUCGUUGUCCCAGACAUUGUAGUCACUACCGCUACACCAAUAGCUCCUCUCCUCCCUCCCUACUCACCUCCCAAGAAGGGCAGCACAAAGACCACCACAUUUUACCCACCAAAGCAUUUUGCUGGAGAGGUCACCAAGCCCACCAGCCAAGCCCAUUCAACUCUCCGCCCUCAAACCCCCACAGCCAUAACCCUAAUCCCCCCAUACGACUUCUACUACCCCUCCCAACCCCCCACUCAACCUCCCCCCUCCCUCGACCCCAAUCUAUUCACUCCUCUCCCCCCCGCACACAAGUACUCCGAGCUCAUCCUCCCCCAACUCCGCACUCUCACCCGCAACAUCGAGUCCACAAUGGAUACACACUUGAUGAGACAACUCCCCCACCUCCACUCCCUCCUCAGCCUCCUCUCUCCCCUCCCCGACUUCGGCCUCCUAACCCACAACCUCCCCGCCUUCCAAGCACACGUAGAAACCUACUUCGCCACCGCUCGCACACAGGAAGAACAGUAUUUCCACACCCUGCUUGCCGUCAAGCCCGAGCCGGAAUUAAAAAUGGUGUUCAGAAUCUUCGAUGAUCUGUAUACCUAUAAUUUUCCCCGUCGGGCAGCUUGUCUUAUCUACCCGGAUGAUUUUGAGCAUGAGCCUGCUGCAGAAAUGAACAGGGUGGAAUCGGCUUCUCGCUUUCCAGAUUGGGAUGAGGGGGGUGUGGAGACCGGGGUGCCUGCGCUGGUUUACAGACAGGGAUGGGGCGGGAAGGCGAAGUAUGUUGUUACUGCUUCUUUUGCGGGGGAUGUGGGAGUACAGUAUCCCAUGUAUCACUUUUGA